CCAGGUCAGGCUGCGCAGGAAGCAGCAUGAAACCCGGCGGCUGCUGAGCAGCGGCGGUGCGGCUGCCCCAUGGCCACAGCCACGGUGCAGCCGGAGCAGCUGGAGCAGCGCCUGCGGCAGGCGCAGCGCUACAAGGAGGAAGGCAACGGCUGCUACCAGGCAGGGCGGCCGCGGGAGGCAGCCGGGCGCUACCACCGGGCGCUGCUGCAGCUCCGCGGGCUGGAGCCUCGGCUGCCACUGCCGCUGCAGGCCCUCGGCGCCCGGCCCCAGCCCCCUGCGACGCCCCAGCAAGAGGCUGCCCUGCGCCGUAUCCAGACCGACUGCUACAACAACCUGGCUGCCUGCCUGCUGCGUAUGGAGCCAGUCAACUAUGAGCGGGUAAAGGAAUACAGCCUGAAGGUGCUGGAGCAGCAGCCCCACAAUGCCAAGGCCCUGUACCGUGCUGGUGUGGCUGCCUACCACCUGCACGACUACGAGCAGUCGCGGUGUUGCCUGGCCCAGGCGGCGCUGCUGCAGCCACGAGACGCCAGCGUGCGGCACUACCUGGAGCUGGCAGAGUCGCAGCUGAGUGCCUACCGCCAGCAGGAGAAGCAGCUCUACGCCAGCAUGUUUUCGUAGGUGCAGCCCGGACACUCCCACAGUUCCCCUGGACGGGGCUGCACCUCCCACCAUGCCCUUUCCCGUGGUGGUGGCUCAGCAUCCCAGACACACCCGGCCUCCAGCAUGACUGCUCCUGGCCCAGUCCCACAGGAGGAUGUGGGCUGCCCGUGCCAUGGGCUUGGCCUGGAGGCCCACUCUUCCCCUUCGCUGUCUCUGCAGCUGAUGGAGACACAAGCAAAUGUCUCUCAGCCCUGUCAUCUGUCUCCUCCUGCUUUAAGGAAAUGGAUCCCUGGAGCACAGCUGAGCUGUUUGCUCUCCCUCGUCCCAGCCCCUCAGCUGCCAGCAGGUAUCACAUACACACCAUCCCCUCCUCCAGCCUCGCACCACACCUGAGCCUGGCUGAGGGGAGCACCAGCUGCGAGCCCAGCUCCAAGAGCCUGCUCUGAAAGGUAGCGGCUGAGGGCUCCCUGCUUGGCACACAGACUUGCGGUUUCCUGGAAAUAAACAGAACUGGAGCCCCCCA